ACUACUUUAAUAAGGAGUUGGGGAAUUUUUGGACGUGAGAUUCUCACUCGCUCACGCUCCUCUUCAGAUCUGCAACUGCAUCAAAAUCUGGAUUCAAAAUCAAAAGGGCUUCAAUCAAAAACCCCAUCUCUUUGAGUUUUGCAUGUCCAAGGAUUUUUCUGAUUUAUUUGGAGGAAAAUUUGGUUCCAUAUGUGAUGGCUUCGGAGCAAGUUGAACCCUCAUCUUUGCCAUCUGCAACAUCUCCUAAUAUUCAGCAGUCUACUUCUACUGGACAAGAAACUAGCGUACGAGAUACACCAUCCAUUACUUCAGGCAUAUCCUCAUGGGCCAAAAGCCUCAAAAUUCCAAAGCCAUCAGGCCAAGAAGAUGGUAAUGCAGGAAAAUCACCUUUUGCACGUUUAACUAGUGGAAUUGGACUCCGCCUGUCUCCUAAAUCCUCUCCACAAGAUGAAAGUGCUGAGGGCACUUCAACAGCUACAGAGCCAGGUGUUUUUGGAUCUUUAACGAAAGGGUUUAUGGACUCAUCUAGGAGUGCAGUAAAGGCAGUGUCUGUCAAGGCUCGCCACAUUGUAUCUCAAAACAAAAGGAGAUACCAGGAAGAUGGGUUCGAUUUGGACAUGACAUAUAUCACAGAGAAUAUUAUUGCCAUGGGUUUCCCUGCAGGUGACAUGAGUUCAGGUUUUUUUGGAUAUGUUGAGGGAUUUUACAGAAAUCAUAUGGAAGAGGUUAUGAAGUUCUUUGAAAGUCGUCAUAAGGGAAAGUACAAAGUAUACAACCUUUGUUCAGAGCGGCUGUAUGAUGCAUCACUGUUUGAAGGAAAGGUGGCUUGUUUCCCGUUUGAUGAUCACAACUGUCCUCCAAUUCAACUUAUAACAUCAUUCUGUCAAAGUGCUUACUCAUGGUUGAAAGAAGAUAUUGAAAAUGUUGUAGUUGUUCAUUGUAAAGCUGGCAUGGCAAGGACGGGAUUGAUGAUAUCUAGUCUUCUUUUAUAUCUGAAGUUCUUCCCAACUGCUGAAGAAUCGAUGGAUUACUACAACCAGAAAAGAUGUGUAGAUGGAAAAGGGCUUGUUCUUCCUAGUCAGAUUAGAUAUGUGAAGUAUUUUGAACGCAUCUUAACAUACUUCAAUGGUGAAAAUCAACCUGGUCGUAGAUGUAUGCUCAGGGGUUUCCGACUUCACCGAUGCCCUUACUGGAUCAGGCCUUCGAUUACUGUCUCCAAUCAUAAUGAGGUCCUCUUUUCGACUAAGAAACAUCCAAGGACCAAGGACCUAUCGCCGGAAGAUUUCUGGUUCAGUGCACCAAAGAAGGGAAUCAUGGUGUUUGCUUUACCCGGUGAACCAGGUCUGACUGAGUUGGCUGGUGAUUUCAAGAUUCAUUUUCAGGAUCGUCAAGGAGAUUUCUACUGUUGGUUGAACACGACAAUGAUGGAGAACAGGAAGAUCUUGAGCACCUCUGAUCUGGAUGGCUUUGACAAGAGAAAAUUACCAUCUCCAGGAUUCCAAGUAGAAGUAGUGCUGGUAGACUAUGAUGGCUCUAUUCCACCAAGGUCUACAACUCCAACCAUCACCACUGAAUCCAGUGGAGCCUCUGCAACUGAUACAGCCACAAAAGAGAGUAGUAAUCCACCUCCAAAACAGACUACAGAAUCUAGUAGCCAAGAUAAAGAUGAAGUUUUCUCUGAUAGUGAUAACGAGACUUCUAAGAAAAAGCAAGCAAAGACCUCUGGUGAUGUUUUACCACCUUCUACGAGUGUUAAAGAAACCGAAGCAAAAGCAUCACAAGGAGAAGCAUCAAAACUUGCUGAUAGUGUUCAGCAAGUUUCUCUGAAGCAGGAGGAGGAUUCAAGGACUUCCAAAGCUCCGGAAAUGAAGAGUGAAGGGAAGACUAAAAGCUCCUCGGUUGUGGAAACUCAAGAAAUGGGAUCAACGGGUAUGAGUGAGUUCAAAGCAAUUGCAGCAGAUGCUUCUGUGUUUUCUUUCGGUGAUGAAGAUGAUUAUGAAAGUGAAUAAUUUGAGAUGCAUGAGGACUAUAUGAUAUUUCGAGUGCCUUCAAACUAGGUGUAAUAAUGCAGAAUGUAUCAUUGUGGGCUGAAAGUUCAUUACUUUUGCAUUUCAAAUGAUAUUAAAUGAUGUGAAUGUGUUUCAACUUUAUUCAGGUUUGGUUAAUGUAUGAAUGCCUGGUACUGUUUCAGGGACAAGGACACAUGUCUAAUAUGAGUAGCUAUAGGCUCUCUCAGCUAAACAUGAUAUUUGUUCAAUCAUUUUAUGUUAGUAAGACCUGUAUCUA